AUGAGCGAAGUAACGAACACAACGGAAAUAAGCCAGAGGGAUGUGCUAUUCACGGAGUCGUCAGGUGCCGAUCGCGUGUAUGAGGUUGCGAAAUACGGUGGUGAAGUGGAAAGUUACUUGUACAGGUACAAAACGAAGGGCCGACGGUCAUUUUUGCAGGAUCAAACGACGGCAUCGACAUUUCUACCGCGUAUUCUACCAAGGGGCUUUCCGUAUGUUGCCAACUUUAUCUCCUUUGAAGAGCUUGUGAAGCGGGGAACGAUACAAUCCUGCAGUCAGGAGGAAGUGGACUUUUCCGUCAAGGAUCUCCAAUUGCUUUACGAGUCAAAAUGUAUGGAUCAGGACCUGCUGCCGUCAUGGGAACGCGAGAUGCGCUUUAUGGAACUUAUCAGCGCCAACUGCAGAGGUAAGUUUUUUUGUUUGAAGGAGAGUGGGUUUGGUCCGAUGUGUGCUGAGGCUAUUGCACACAUCUUGUCCAAUAACAGAAAAUACACCGUUCUUGAUUUGAGUGGAAAUCGGUUACGGGAUGAAGGGGCCUGUUCCAUCGCCAAAUUAAUCAGGAUCAACAGGACCAUUGUUCAUGUGGGUCUUCGAUCCAACGAUAUUGGUCACAUUGGAGGAGUGGCUCUGGCCAGGGCACUUCUUGAAAAUAACACUGUGGUCUCGCUUGACUUGGGUGCUCAUUCUGGCAUUAAUGGGAAUCACAUUGCAACGGAAGGCGCAGAGGCAAUUGGGGUCAUGCUUCGUGCAAACAAGGUU